AUGUUCACAAACAUCUCUUUAUUUUAUCCGUCACACUUUCUUCUAUAUUUCUACUCCUCCAUUUUCUUUUUCUUUUUAAUUUCAUUCACAACUUUUAGACAUUCUUUUUUGCUUUUCCCUCUUUUUAGACAUUCUUUUUGCUUUUUUCCCUCUUUUAGACAUUCUUUUUUGCUUUUUCCCUCUUUUAGACAUUCUUUUUUGCUUUUUCCCUCUUUUAGACAUUCUUUUUUGCUUUUUCCCUCUUUUAGACAUUCUUUUUUCUUUUUCCCUCUUUUAGACAUUCUUUUUUUCUUUUUCCCUCUUUUAGACAUUCUUUUUUCUCUCUUUUUAACCUUUUAUAGACAUUUUUCUCUCUCUUUUUACCCUCUUUUAAACAUUCUUUUCUCUCUCUCUUCAGCCACUUUUAGGCAUUCAUUUUUAUCUCCCUCUUUUUAUCCUCUUUUAGACAUUCUUUCUCUCUUUUUACCCUCUUUUAGACAUUCUUUUUUAUCUUUUUUAUCCUCUAUAAGACAUUCUUUUUUUUUAUCUCUCUCUGUUUACCUUCUUUUAGACAUUUGUCCCUCUCUUUACCCUCUUUUAGACAUUCUUUUUUAUCUUUUAUUUUUAUCUAGAAGAACAUUCUUUUUUCUCUCUCUUUUAGACAUUCUUUUUCCCCCUCUCUCUCUUUACCCUCUUUUAGACAUUCUUUUUUCUCUCUCUUUUAGACAUUUUCUCUUUUUACCCUCAUUUAGACAAUCUCUCUUUUUCUUUUUUAGACAUUCUUUUUUUUUCAAUUCUUUUUUAACCAUUUUUUUCUUUGAUUUCUUUUUCUUUUGUAAUCAUUAUUUUUCUUGUUUUUUUUAUACCUAUUUAACUUCAUCUUUUUUCUUUCUUCUUCGCUUCCCUCUCCAAUGCCUGUUUUACUAUUGCUUUACUUUUCCUUUCACCGCUCUUUACUCCCCUUCACCCGCCGCCAAUAUUUAUUCCUCCCUCUCUUUAUUUCUGUUAUCUGCUUUCCUUUUCAACUCGCACCUCAAUCACAUCCAACUUUCCUCUUACGUUUUCUUCCACUCCUAUCUCAUAUCUAUCUAUCUAUCUAUGCUCAUAUCUAUAUGUCCCAGUCUCUACAUUACCUAUCUAAAUGAUUAUGCAAAUAAGCACAUGUAUGUCUCACUCCCAUCCAUCUUUCCCUUCUUUCUACGCUCAUAUCAUUCUAUCUAUCUAUCUAUCUAUCUAUCUAGAUCACAUUCACCUCUCUCUAUAUGGAUCUCACUUUGUCCUCAUUCUUUCUUCGUUCCCAUUUAUCUACUCCUUCGCUCUCACGAUAAUUUUGUUCCUAUCUACUUCAGUCCCGUUCAAAUCUCUAUCUAUUCAUCUCCAAGCUAUUUUAAUUCAGUGGAAUUAUUAAAUUCAUUAUACAGAAUCAUUUCCUCGGCGCCCCCGCCACCACAACAACUCAACAAAACAAUCUGCUGA